CUGAACCAGGCCAGCACCAAGAGCGCAUCUCCCAGACUGUCUUUGGUGUGAUCUGCAGAGAGUUCAACACGUGGAGUUCUUUUUCCAUUUACUGUAAAUGCGCGGCUGCAUGGUCGAUUAUGUCAUUGGGCUUGAUGCUGUUGAGCUGCACAGAAGACGAGACAGGCCAGUCCUACUUGAAAAGCUUUCUAACAACUGAGGCUGUAAGGAAGCAGCCACCUGCUGCAGCGUCCUCCACCCACUGCUGCUACGACAUCUGGCAGACGAGGCAGAGAGGCGGAGGAGACACACACUGAAGCAGCACUGCUGUUGUGCACAUCAACCAGGAGAGAAGACCAACAGACUGGCUGCACCGCUCUGUAACCAGACCAGGAACUCAGCGCUAAGCUGCAGGUGUGGCCACAAAUGGCGUACAUGAAUCUGACACGCAGCAACUCUGACUGUUCCUCCAUUGAUGACUUCCGUAACCAGGUUUACUCCACAGCCUACUCCCUCAUCACUGUGUUCGGCCUGGUUGGGAACAGUUUAGCCCUGGUGGUGCUGAUCAGAACAUACCGCCAGAGCUCCCCCUUCCAUGUCUACAUGCUGAACCUGGCUGUGUCUGACCUACUGUGUGUCAUGACGCUGCCACUGAGAGUUAUCUACUAUGUGAAAAAGGGUCAGUGGGACCAGGGCGAUUUCCUGUGUCGCAUCAGCUCCUACGCCCUCUAUGUAAACCUCUACUGCAGCAUUUACUUCAUGGCAGCCAUGUCCAUCACACGUUUCUUGGCCAUUGUCUUCCCUGUGCAGAACCUGCGGCUGGUCACAGAAAGCCGUGCUCGCCUGGUGUGUGUGGGUGUCUGGGUGUUUACCUGUCUUUCAUCCUCACCCUUCCUGAUGUCUGGCCAGCAUUUUGACUCCGUCACAAAUAAAACCAAGUGCUUUGAGCCUCCACAAGGUGCCGGUGUGCAGAAACUAGUCGUGCUGAACUAUUUGUCUCUGGUGGUGGGCUUUGCCCUGCCCUUCCUGGUCAUCCUGCUCUGCUACGCUGGCAUAGUCCGGGCCCUGCUGUCCCGCACCAAUGCUGCCCGCCGCCAGCGGGGCACAGGCACCAGAGCCAUCCGAAUGAUCGUGAUCGUCCUGCUGACCUUCCUGGUCAGUUUCAUGCCGUACCACGUGCAGCGCACCGUCCACCUACACUUCCUGUCCCGGACUGACAGCAGCUGCUCUGAGAGGAUUGCCAUGCAGAAGUCCGUUGUGGUGACGCUGAGCCUGGCUGCUGCCAAUUCGUGCUUUGAUCCACUGCUUUAUUUUUUCUCUGGAGAGGGUUUCCGCAGUCGCUUGUCCUCCAUGCGCCAGUCAAUGAAGAGCAGCGCCAUGUACCGUAUAACCAAGAUGAAGUCGGCCACAGAGCCAGAGUCUGGGGAAAACCACCAGCCGAGGGCCAGUUAAUUUACACCAUCAAACAAGCAGCUUGUGAUACGUUUAGAGAGCUUAGCUUAGCUUAUGAAAGGAAGAAAAAAGCAAAAAAAUAUAUAAUAAGCUAAUUAGGGCUGGUUAACUGCGCUGACCGGUAAGGGCUCUCUUCACAACAACGGGUCUUCUUCCAAAGAUUUCCUCAAACGGUGAUCUGCUUUGAGGAGUGUAGCAUCAUUACUUCUAAUUAGGGCUGGCCAAUAUAUCGAUAUCACAUCGACAUCAAUAUAUUAGACUAGAUAUUGUCUUAAAUUUUGGAUUUAAAGUGUUGUCUUUUCUUGGUUUUAAAGGCUUCAUUACAGUUAAGUGAUGUAAUCUUAUUAUUAUUUGCCUUUACCCACUUAGUCAUUACAUCCAUGGUAAUGAUGAUUAUUUAUCAAAAAUCUCAUUGUGUAAAUAUUUCAUUAAAGCACCAAUGGUCGAUAUUGUGGCGAUUUGCACACUUUAGCUCUGAAAAAUAUUGAAACUGGUCCAGCUGGGUGAAAUGUUUACUAUCAUAGACCUGGAAGAUAUUUACUUCCAUGUUCCAGGCAUUGGUCAUUUCAUAGAAAUAAAAUGGAUAGAAAGGCCAUUUCCUUUCAAAACAACGUAGCAGAAUGGUCAGAGCAGCAGCCAUUUUUAUGUGUACCGUUGCCAUGGUAACGUAUAAACUUCCGAUAAUAAGCCGACUUCCAGCAUGCAUUCUCUAGAAUAAUAAAUAUCAAUUUCAAUGGAAAACAUCCUCCUGAAACUUGUAACUUAAAUGCUUAAAGUGCCCAUAUUAGGAAAAAAACUUUUUUGGGGUGUUAUUUUGUGUCUCUGGUGCUUCCACAUGCAUACACACU